AUGGCGCUGACAUGUGCCCGUAUACAGGGCCGGCGGCUGCUUCCGAACCUACUUUGUCGGAAGACCUUGGGGGCCGUCGGGGCAUCUUCCACGACUAGUCCAGUCACCCCGACAAAACCCGAGGGUUGGCAGCUACGAGCUCACCUGUUGAACUCGGCAGUUCCGAUGGUGGCUUUCGGUUUCAUGGACAAUACGGUGAUGUUGCACGCGGGCAAUGCCAUCGAUGCGACGCUCGGUGUCACGUUUGGGCUCAGCACCCUGGCCGCGGCAGCCUGUGGGCAGGUGUGCUCAGACAUGGCGGGUGUGACGUUCGGCGGAGUCAUCGAAGCUUUGGCCGCGAAGGUGGGCCUCCCGGCGGCGCACCUCACCGAGGAACAGUUGAGCAGUGGAACAGUCAAGAGGGUUGGCUUGAUGGGAAGCCUUCUCGGAGUGUUUUGCGGGUGCUCGCUGGGCCUGCUCAACCUGUUCAUCAUUGACACGGACCGGACCCGUGAACUGAAGCUGGCGGCCGAGAGCGAAGCCUGCGGGUUCAGUGUGGAGAUCAGCAAUGCCGUUCGACCUGGGUGCACUGCCAUCACCAUCGAGGGCCCGCAAGGUGUCAAAGGUGUCAUCGCAUCCGUGACCAAUGUCAUGGCCUCCGAAGGCAUCUUGAUCAGGGACAUGUCUGGACACCGAGAUUCCGAAGCUACAGGCACGCUGACCUUGACGUUCUAUGUUACAAAGGACGGCGAGGAGGUGGAAGAUGACGACCUGAAAAGCUUGGGCCGUUCCAUCAUGGCCGCCUGCAACGAUCCACAGUUCCACCAGAAACUGGAGAAGAAGAUGGUGUCCGAACUAGAGGAGCUGAAGCUUCAACUUGCAAAAGCUCAAGAAGCCCUAGAGACGGCCAUCAAGGACAAGGAGACGGCCGAGAAGAUCAUGGAGAAAUAUUACCUCCGGGUCACGGGGAAGAACGGCGAGACUCCGGAUUCACACCAAAGCUCCGCAACCAGUGCCUGA